GAACACUAUUUUGGACCGAAUGGAACUCUCAAUAAGUCGUUCAACCGAAAGUAUUAAUGACGAUUUGAGUCUUCAAAAUCAGAGAAGCAAAGCGUACGUCGAAUCUGAGAAAAUCAAGGGACUCCAUUAUUCUUUUGAGUAAAAUCAUUGGGUUCUGAUCGGAGAACGACUGGACGAUUUUCUACGUCGCGAUGGCAGUUGCGUCUGAAGAAGCCACCAGCAUAUGCAGUCACUGUGACAGAGCUAUACCAUCCUCAAACAUUGAUUUGCAUUUUGCUCACUGUGCCCGAAAUCUGGAAAGAUGUAAAAUCUGUGGUGAUAUGGUUCCAAAGAAACACGCUGAGGAACAUUUCUUGAACACCCAUGCUCCGGUAUCCUGUUCAUUGUGCAAUGAGACGAUGGAACGAGAUAUUUUACCCAUCCAUAAAGGUGAGAAUUGCCCUCAAAGGAUCGUCACUUGUGAGUUCUGCGAGUUUCCACUUCCAGCAAUUGAUCUAGCUGAACAUCAGGAAGUGUGUGGGAAUCGGACAGAACUUUGCCAUUUGUGUAAUAAAUAUAUCAGACUACGAGAACACUAUAAUCAUGAAACUAGAUGCACUGGUGUCUCAGAUCAUAAUGUAGGAUCAUCAAGGGACACGAGAGCUGCUGAAAGAGAGCAAGGUGCUGAAAGAGAGCAAGGUGCUCGGAGAAGAGAUCCACAUGAAUUUUCUCGGAGGCGUUUGCUCUUCACCAUAGCAAUAACUGGCAUUGCUGUUCUAUUAGGCUCACUUUUCUUUCAGAGGAAAGCUGAGGAUACUCGAGUGCAUUAGCGACAAAGAGGGUACAUGUCUGGUAUCUGUAAAUUAGCCCAAAGCUACUUCUUCUGUUCAUGUCGACGGGUAGCGUCUGAUAGUGAACUGGUAUUACUAUAUUUGAAACCUCUUUAAGGUAUAUAUUGAUGUUUCCUGUUACCUUAUUGCAUGCCAUUUUCUUUGGCUUUGGAACCAGGUUUUGUUAGAUUCGGGAUACAACUGUUUCAUUUCUUGAAUUAUUGAUUAUCCUGUUCUCUUGAAUUACAGUUUUUAAUUA